AUGAUGAAUUCCAUGCCGACUGAUAUCGUUUUGGAGAUAUUCUCCAGAUUGCCUGCAAAAUCAGUAGCCAUGUGUUGUUGCGUGUCGAAGCUAUGGGCGUCAAUACUGAACAGUCAAGAUUUCAAAGAGUUGUUCCUGACUAGGUCCUCGUCUCGUCCACGUCUCUUAUUGGCCAUUGGAGACUACACUUACAAAUUCUUCUCGUCCCCUCAGCCUCAUUAUUCAUUAGAUAAGUCGUCUCAUCAUGUAGUUACCGCUGAUUCUCAUAUGAAGUAUUUGGAAGACAUGCAACUGUGCUUUUCUAGCUACGCCUCUGGUUUGAUGUGUUGCCGUCAAUAUAAUUUUAACCCCAUGGAAAAUAACCUGUAUGUAGUGCAUGUGAUAUGUAACCCUAGCACAGGACAUCAUGUUUUAUUACCUAAACUGAUACUAAAUAUUCGUCAUUAUGGUAGUUUCUCGUCACUAGGGUUUGAUCCUGUUGACAGGCAAUUCAAGGUAUUGUUAACGGUUUAUAAAGAUAAGAGAAUUAUAACAUUACGAACUGGAGAAAUGAGAUGGAGAAAGAUCCAAUGCUCUUUAGCCCAUCAAGUUGAGAAUAUGCAUGAAGGGAUAUGCAUCAAUGGGAUUUUGUAUUACUUGGGUUUUACAUGUGAUAGUUGGGAUUCUCGAAUACUAGUUUGUUUUGAUGUUCGGUCUGAGAAAUUCAACUUCAUUGAAGAAAAAGAAGUAGUAGAAUGCUUUGAUGGGUUGUUGUUCAACUACAAGGGUAAAUUAGGUGGUGCUAGAACAAAUUAUGUUGGCAAAACCCUUCAGUUACGUAUGUGGGUUCUAGAAGAUUUCGAGAAACAGAAACUGUCGGAAUAUGUGUAUAAUUUGCCGGAGAAUGAAUUCGUUCGAAGCCAUGUUUCUGUUGCUGGAACGACCGCGAGAGGUGAGAUUGUUUUGAUAUCGGACUAUACAUAUCUACCGUUGUAUGUUUUCUACUUCAAUCCCGAAAGUAACACUCUCCAAAGUAUUGAAUUCCAAGGUUUGCGUAACGUUAGAAUCAAAGACGUCAAAGUCUUUGUGGACUAUGUAGAGGAUCCUAGGUUUGAUUUUGUGAAGGCGACAAGCCUGCCAGAACGAAAGCUUAAACAAACGAGUAGUACAUCAACAUAUGCUGCAACAUCUACAAGCCCAACAGAACAGAAGACUAAACCCACCGGCACAUCAACGUCAUCUAAAGCUCGCCUACAACAAGCACGUGGUAAAUUUGAGAGCAUUAACAAGUUUGAUGCUCUGUGUCUUUUAGACAAUGUAGAGGAUCUUAGGUCUGAUGUUUUGAAGACAAACCUGCCAGAACAGAAGCCUGAACAAACGAGUACAUCAUCUAAAGUCGAUCACUCUGUUAAAUUGCGUCCGAUAAAUGGCGACGUUUCAUUUGGGAGGCCGAUGCUUAUGCAUGUGGCAGUGUCUUCGAAUGUGUUUUUUGGAAAUCUUCCCAAUGCUUGGCUAAUAUACAUGUUAAUUGGUAUGGGCGUGGCUCUGUUUUAUUCUCUCCUCCACAUUCUAGUACAACCAUAG